UCGAAUCCUGGUUCCACCCCGGGUCCCGAGGUGACAGCGAGCCCCAUUUCUUGGAGCCCCAUGUCCUGAGGGCCCAAGCUCUCUCACUGAGUCCCACCCUGCUCUGAGGUUCCCCGACAGCUCCCCCCGGAUGUGGUCCUGUUAUCUGCCCUGCCAGGCCACUGUCCUGGCCUCCGUCCAGCUGCGGGGUGGAGACACAGGCCCUGGAGCCACAGCGAGGCCACGGCUGAAUCUGGAGCUUGGGGUGGGGGUGCCUGGGCCUCAGGAAGGUUGCAUCCAGCCUCAGAGUUGUGGGCUCUGUGCUGACUUGAGUUGCCCUGCCCUGUCCCAGCUGCCCUCUUUGCAGCUGUGGGGUCUCGGGGUAAUGACUUUGCUCCUCGGUUUGCAAAUCUGUAUAACAGGCAUCAGAACAAUAGUACUUGCCUCCUGGGGUGAUGGUGAAGGCGAUCGCUUAACCAGGCUAUGAUCAAUGGUGUGGUCCAGGGGGUGAGCUCCCAGUCACAGGAGGAAACCAAACAGGUGGCAACUUGGGGAAAGAUUUUUGCCUGAAGUGCCAUCCAUGGAGCCUGCCCCACUCCGACCUCAGACAGGGCUGAGGCUCAUCAGCCUAUUUGCUUCGUGAUCAAGAUGUAACAGCCUUUCUGGCCGGGGCAAAAAACUUAAGGCUGGGGACUCUUUACAUAUGUAUAGAUUUUGGCCCCUUCCGGGCUGCCUGCCCGCUCUAGCUGGCUCCCAGGUGAAGAGGCUCUCGGCCUCCAAGCGGAAGCAACACUUCAUCAACCAGGCUGUGCGGAACUCAGACCUCGUGCCCAAGGCCAAGGGACGGAAGAGCCUCCAGCGCCUGGAGAACACCCAGUACCUCCUGACCUUGCUGGAGACAGACGGAGGCACACCUGGCCUGGAGGAUGGGGACCUGGCGCCCCCUGCAGCACCCAGCAUCUUUGCAGAGGCCUGCAGCAACGAGACCUAUGUCGAGGUCUGGAACGACUUCAUGAACCGCUCUGGGGAGGAGCAGGAGCGGGUUCUCCGCUACCUGGAGAAUGAGGGCAAGAGCAAGGCGCGCAGGAGGGGGCCUGCCCGCGGGGAAGACCGGCGGAGAGAGGACCCGGCCUACACGCCCCGCGAGUGCUUCCAGCGUAUCAGCCGGCGUCUACGAGCCGUUCUCAAGCGGAGCCGUAUUCCCAUGGAAACGCUGGAGACCUGGGAGGAGCGGCUGCUGAGGUUCUUCUCUGUGUCCCCCCAGGCCGUGUACACGGCCAUGCUGGACAACAGCUUUGAGAGGCUCCUGCUUCACGCCAUCUGCCAGUACAUGGACCUCAUCUCAGCCAGUGGUGACCUGGAGGGCAAGCGGCAGAUGAAGGUCAGCAAUCGGCACCUGGACUUCCUGCCUCCGGGGCUGCUCCUGUCCGCGUACCUGGAGCAGCGUAGCUGAUGGCGGCCCUGCCCCCGGCCCCGCCUCCCCAGUGCCAAGACCUCCCGUACCGUCGCUAAAAUAUCUUUAUUAUUUUUAGAAUUUUCCUUUGGAAACGUGCUCUCCCCCUUGGGGUGGCUCCCGCACCCCACCCCUUCCCCGCCCAGCUUUCCGGGUUAAAGCUGGCGGCUGGGCUGCCCCGCACGAGCACAAUCCGCUCUACUCCCACCCCGGGGCUUAGACUCGGGAGGAGACACCCGGCCUGGUCACUUCCCUGUCCCUUCCUGGGUCAGCGUUUUUGGCCCCGUGUGAAGCUUAAGCAAGGAGGGAGAGGCUGGGUUUUUAUCAUUUUUAAUGAAUUUGGUGUGAUUUGUUGUAGAUUUUUAAAUUUCCCUUUUGAGAAAAAAACCCAAAAACUCGCCCCAAGUGAUAAAUUAGGGGGCUUCAUUCCAGUCCCUGCUUGACCCUCUCCCAGUUUUGGCUUGGGUGGAGGGUCCCCUUGCCCUGGGAGCAUUACGUUUUGUGUGUGUGUGCGCGUGCGCGUGUGCAUGUGUGUGCCCCGCAACCCAGGAUGGAAGCUGCGUCUUAAAGGCUGGUGUCACCCUCUUUUUGGAAUGUGUGUUGCUCUCCCCGCUCCCCUUUGGUGGCUGUUAGGGCCCCGUCUGCUCUACACACCCCGCUCCCUUCAUACUGAGGAUCUGGGACUUCCAGCCAGAAGCCUCCACCCUCAGACUGUCCUGUUCCUCUCUCCAUGUCCCCUUGCCCCUGCCCCCAGCCUGGCUCUGGGGUGUCCUCGUGCUGGUCACCCCGGCCUGGCACAGGAAGCAGGGCUGGAGGCUGCACCCCUGCCCUGCACCCCCGUGUGUGUGGCUAGUUGUGCUUUGGGAAAAGUGGAGCGUUCAAUAAAUUUCUGGUGCUCUGGUC